AUGGAGGUUGAAAACCAUGAUGAGAAUGCCCAAUGCCCCUUUGGAAGUGAUCCUCCGUUGUGUUUGGCCACCUCCAUCCUCGACGAAAUGUUGCCGGCCGCGUCGAAUGACUCUGGGGUGGGUUCCUCCUGCAGUGCGUGGUCGAUUCAUGAAGACAAGACUAAUUUUAUGGUUCCGGGGACAUCAAACAGUUUUGUAAGUUUUGUUUCUUCUGUAGAUCAUGUUUUUCUUCUUUAUUUCUUUCCUUUUUUCAGGAAGAUGUUCAGAUGGAUGAAGCUAAAGUUUCCCCUAUCAGGAGGCCUCUCCGCGAUGUUUCCAACGAUACUCCCCUCAAGGGCAAGCGGUUUAACCGCAUUCCGUUCAGGAAUAAUCCCAUAUCGACAAGAAAGUUGAGUACCAGGGUACCGAUGAAGAAGAUUGAGGGGCGAUUUCUGAAACGGCCGCCUCCCAGACUCCCCAGUUCAGUUGUAUCACUCGAAAAAGGUGUCUCGAAGUCUAUGGUGAACAUGAGGAGGUUUGGGAGAUGCACUUCCCCUGAGUCUAUACAUGUAGGCUACUUGUCGUUUGCUUUGAUGAAGAUAUCUUUUAGACUUAUUCUCUAAGGUAUCUAACGAAACCUCAAGUGGAAUCAUCAGCCUUCAAGUCCAUUGAUGGCUCAAUUCUAGCGUCAUUGAUAAAAGAAAUGGGAAAUGAAAAGUUUUUAGAGACUUUUAUGCUGAUUGAUUGCCGGUAUCCGUAUGAAUUCGAAGGAGGGCAUAUCAUAGUAAGAGUAAAAGUAUGGAUGGAUGAUUUCUAUUCAUUUACAGAACUCAAUCAACAUGUUCCAAUUCGACCAGGUCUGUCAGAAGUUCUACUCGGAAGAGAACGGGUCUUUCCAUGCCAUUCAGAACAAGAUCCCCAUCUUUUAUUGCGAAUUUUCUCAGGCAAGGGGGCCCAAAAUGUAAGCAAUUUUUGUGACUGUAUCGUCUGCCGAUCUGAACCUUUUUUUGAAAUUACUUUAAAAGUCAUUCAAAAAGCGAAAAUUGUGAAGAAAUAAAUCAUCAACGGUCGUUCAGAAAAAUUUUAGGAACAGGGAAAGUACUUUUAUGGGGGCUCUUACAAACAUUGUGCUGAUUAAGAAUGUUUAAAAAAUUAGUUGCCCAAGUUUUGGUUUUAGGGGUGGAAAAUCAAUCGGAAGUUGGCUCAAAGUCCUUAUAAACACCCCUUUUCGCUUAAUUUUUCAUAGGUUUACAAGUUUUAUUUUAGCAUAAAAUUAUGUUUCUUGAGUUUCUAAGAAGUAAUAAAUCAAUGUUGGCACAAAAAUGUAUUUUUUAGACCUUCAACUUCAAAAAAAGUUGAUUUGGCCUAAAAGGGAAAUCGAACCCGUGCGGCGUCACCGUCUUGAUUUCCAAACUGCGGCACUAGCCACUCUGCCACACCGUUCUCUUCCUGAGGAAGAGACCGACCGCGCUUUUUAUCAGUCUGUCGGAAAAAUAACGGCGGAUCGUCGCGCCUCGGAAUCGCCCGUCAUCGCUUUGCGACGGCUGCCGAAGCUGAAGAUUUGGUGCGCGAUAGAGACGAGGCGAGGCAUUUUGCUGCGACGAUCCGCCAUUAUUUUUCCGACAGACUGAAAUCUUUUAGAAUGCCUGCGCCUUUUGUAGGGAAAUUAAGCCAGUUUUUGGGCAUUUUCGACCCUUAAACCCAAAAUUGGGCAGGUAAUUUUUAUAUAUUCUUCAUUAGCACAAUUUUUCGGAUUUUUUGACUUAUGUCCCGUUGAAAAGUAGGAACCCCCAUAAUACGAUAAUUAUUUGCUUUCCUUGUGAAAAAAGGCUUCAUGGAAAUUGGACAGCAAAAUAAUUAAAUAGUGACAUUUCGUACGGGUUAUGUUCUAUGAAUUGAGUAUUUGCAUUGAAACAAAUUUUUUAGGGCUACUGCUCUGAGACGGUUCGAUCGCAAACUGAAUGAGAGUAACUACCCUCAUUUAGAUUACCCGGAGAUUUACGUACUUGAUUCUGGGUAUCAAGGAUUCUUCAAACAAAAAGAGCAUUCGGUAAGGGAAGAGACGUAGUUCUCAGUUCUUUCUUCGACUUCUUUUUUAUUGUAUUACUUUUUUAGGAUCUUUGCACUCCUCGUCAUUAUGUUCGGAUGCAAGACACCGCGUUUCUGGAGGGGUUGAAACGCUUCCACUACCACAAGAAAGGAGUCAACCAUCAAAUCUAG